GUUUUCUGAAAUACAAAUGAAGAUGAGGUCGAAGGAAUGGAGGAAGAAGCAUUUGAUUCAACAGAGUAAUCCCCAUAGCCAUGAGAUUCACGUUUCAACUCCUUCGUCUCCUCUCUCUUACUCUGACCUUCUUCAUCGCCCUUUCUUCUUCGAUUUCACAAUCUAACCAGUUUUGUGAUGCUGGAGCUGGAGCUCCGUCAUCGAAGCUCUUGAUCAAGGGAGGUACCGUUGUCAAUGCUCACCACCAACAGGUUGCCGAUGUUUAUAUCGAAGAUGGCAUCAUCGUUGCCAUCAAACCCACUAUUACGGUUGGAGAUGAGGUGACUGUGAUAGAUGCCACUGGCAAGUUUGUCAUGCCCGGGGGAAUUGACCCUCACACCCACCUAGAGUUUGAGUUUAUGGAUACGGUAACUGUUGAUGACUUCUUCAGUGGUCAGGCUGCAGCAUUAGCUGGUGGGACAACAAUGCACAUUGACUUUGUUAUACCACAUAAAGGAAGUUUAACUGCUGGUUUUGAAGCCUAUGAAAAGAAGGCGAAGAAAGCUUGCAUGGAUUAUGGUUUUCAUAUGGCUGUUACCAAAUGGGAUGAAACUGUGUCAAGAGAAAUGGAACUCAUGGUCAAGGAGAAAGGUAUCAACUCUUUUAAGUUUUUCUUGGCGUACAAAGGAGCUCUUAUGAUCAAUGAUGAGCUUCUUCUGGAGGGAUUUAAAAAGUGCAAGUCUCUUGGAGCCUUAGCUAUGGUCCAUGCAGAAAAUGGAGAUGCUGUGUACGAAGGGCAGAAAAAAAUGAUAGAACUUGGAAUAACUGGUCCUGAGGGGCAUGCUCUUUCAAGGCCUGCAGUGUUGGAAGGAGAGGCAACUGCUCGAGCUAUUCGCUUAGCUGAUUUUGUGAACACUCCUUUAUAUGUGGUUCAUGUAAUGAGCAUUGAUGCAAUGGAAGAAAUUGCACGGGCCCGUAAAUCAGGACAAAGGGUAAUUGGAGAGCCUGUUGCCUCUGGGUUAGUCCUUGAUGAAUCUUGGCUUUGGCAUCCUGACUUUGAGACUGCUGCAAAGUACGUGAUGAGUCCCCCUAUUAGAAAGCGAGGACAUGAUAAGGCCCUUCAAGCCGCCCUUUCAACAGGAAUAUUGCAGCUGGUAGGCACUGAUCAUUGUGCCUUUAAUUCCACCCAGAAAGCUCUUGGAAUUGAUGACUUCAGGAAAAUCCCUAAUGGUGUAAAUGGUAUUGAAGAAAGGAUGCAUGUGGUAUGGGAUACCAUGGUGGAAUCUGGUCAAAUAUCUGCCAUGGACUAUGUCCGGUUGACGAGCACUGAAUGUGCUAGAAUCUUCAAUAUAUAUCCAAGAAAAGGAGCUAUUCUUCCAGGAUCCGAUGCAGAUAUUAUCAUCCUCAAUCCAAAUUCAAGCUUUGAGAUAACUGCAAAGUCCCACCAUUCCAGACUGGACACAAAUGUCUUUGAAGGAAGCAGAGGAAAGGGGAAAAUUGAAGUGACUAUUGCAGGAGGAAGAGUUGUCUGGGAAAAUAAUGAACUGAAGGUUGCUCCUGGAACUGGGAGAUAUAUAAAAAUGUCACCCUUUAGCUAUCUGUUUGAUGGAAUUGACAGAAGGGAUGAUGCUUAUCUAAAGUCCCUUCAAGCUCCAGUGAAGCGAGCCAAAUCCAGCUCUUAAAGGUGUGGGACAAAGACAUGUGUAAUAUGUUGAUCUAGUUUUUUGCUCAAAUAAAGUAAAAUGUAUACAUGUAGCGGAAAGUUCCCAUGUCUAUCACACUUCGUGUUACCCUUUCCACUCAUGUAAUGUACAUUGCUUACUCUCUAAAUCUGUUAUAGAAUAAGAGACAAUAGUUUAAGAAUAAGAACUGUAAAAUAUGUAACACUCAGAUUAAGGUUUCUGCUGUUCAGAUUUCUUUUGAA